AUGCUCCAGCGCAGCCUUGCACGAGCUGCACGGGCGCAGCGCACGUUGCAGGCCGCCCCACGACGGUCCCUGUGGCGCUGCUCGACCCUCAUCUCUCCCUCGCCGGCAUCGCUCCUCGCCCACGUCGAGGCGCAGGACAAGGCCAGCACGCCAGGCCAAGUCCUCUACGCCCUGUCCAAGAACACGCCGCAAGAGCUCGUGCCGCACUUUGUCGCCGCGUUGCAGACGUCGUCCUCCUCGUCGUCGUCGUCGCCCUCGAUCGGCUGUCUCGCCGAGGUCCUCCCGCCCUCGACCGUCGCCCGCCUCGCACCCCGACACGACACCGUCGCCGAGCUCUACUCGCUCUCGAUCGCGCGCCACCACCCCUCGCACGACACGGAGCGCGCCAUCCCGUUCCGCUCGACCCUCACCGGCCGGCCCAACAUCGCGCUCGGGCGCGAGAUCCGGCCCGAGCUGCAGCACGACGCGCAGGACGACGCGGGCUUCGAGGCCUUCUUGCGCGGCGACAAGUGGGCGUUUGGGGAGCGGGCGAACGGGGCGAGGGAUGCGGCCGGCGAGGGGAUCGAGGAGCUGAGCGGCGUCGAGCCGUCGCAGGUCAAGGAGGUCGUCGCCCUCACUGCCGACCGCAUGCAGCCUUUCCUCGCCGCCCUUUCCUCCUAUUCUUCGGCAGCCAAGACCGGCCUCGUCGGCACGUCGACCCCGUUCCACUCGCCCAACGGCGCGCCGUUCUCGCUCUUCUACGGCACCGAGGUCGUCUCGAGCGGCGCGAUCGGCGUCGCGGUCGUCGGCUCGACUUCUGCGCCCGCCGUCAAGCUCGACUACGGCGGCCUGCAGGCUGUCGGCAAGCCGCACGAGGUGACGAGCUCGCAGGGCAACAUCGUCCUCUCGCUGUCGAACCAGAACGCGGCGCGCCUGCUCCUCGACGCCGUCAACGAGCUGUUCGGCACCUCGGCCGACAACCUGAGCGCCGUCCAGCGCAGCGAGGAGAAGGAGAAGGAGUUCUAUGCCGCCAUGUUUGACUCGCAGCCUGUUCACCCGCUCGACCUGAGCCAGGCGCGCCUCGUCGCCAAGAUUAUGGCCGGCAGCCCGUCUCGAGGCGCGCUGUCGGUCGAGACGGAGCAGGAGGUCGUCACCGGGUCCUACCUCGUCUUCGUCACCGCCCCGACCUCUCCAUCCUCCUCCUCCUCCUCUCCCGCCACCCUCUCCCCACCUCCCAGCUCCCUCACCUUCCUCUCGACCUCGCCCUCGGACACCGCGCCGCGCUUUGCCGCAUCCGACGCACCCACAGCAUCCCCGGGCGACGUCGUCGAGCUCGACGCGUUCCUCGCCGCGAGCGAGAACGGCGUCCUGUUUGCGCCGGGACAGACGGGCCAGGUCAGGGUGUGCGCGAUCGAAGGCGCGAGCGUCAGGGCGCUAGAGCAGUAGAGCGAGAGCUGGAACCGACGGGUUCGUGCGCGAGUUGAGCAGGUCUUUCUCUCGGCGAG